AGUCAUCCAACAAUCGAUACKAUAAGAAGUGAAUCAAUUUUUUUUAAAACAAAAAUCUUUUUAAUUUUUUUCAUAUAAUUGUGUUGUUAUUUGAUUUCCAUUUACUACCGAAACCCGAUCUAUUCAUUUCUGGCCAACCACUCAAUUGGCGCAGUCGUCUACAUAACAAACYAACGCUUAAUAUCGGUACUAUUAACGAAAGCACACUUCAGCACAAGCUAGUGGUCAGCACUCGCCUACCGGACCAAUGGGUACAGUACUGAGUAUAUCUCCGAGGGAUCGGAAGAUCGUUAUGUAUAACGACGCGACUAUUGAACCAAAUAAUGGCUUCAAUUUGAAUGCAUUCGCGUAUUCGGAACAUAUGAAUAAUGUGAAGAAUAAAUCAAUUAAAAGCAAUGGCUUUAUGUCUAACAUCGAGAAUAAUAAGAAUCUCUUUAAUCACAAUCACUCACAUAAUAUUGUUACCAAUAAUAACAAUAUUAAUAAUAAUAAUAAUAAUAAUAAUAAUAAUAUCAACAAUACUACUAAUAAUAAUCAUAAUAAUAAUAAUCAAAGUCAUGGCGGGCUUAAGAAGUCACUCGGAUUUAUUAAUGCUUUACAUUUUGGAAAACAUUUCAAUAUUAGUCGAGAUAAGAAAAAACCUGAGAAAAACAAGAAUAUACUUUUACAACAACAACAUCAACAACAACAGCAACAACUUCAACAACAACUACAACAACAACUUCAACAACAAAAUAUCAAUAACAAGCAGUUGGAAAAUACCAAUAAUUUAGGCGAUAUUAACAACAGGAAUAUACAGAAAUCAUUGUCCUGUUAUAACCUGAAAUCAGGAGUCACCACAAACAACAUCGAAAUCGUUAAAAACAUCAACAAAGAUGUUUGUCCUCCAAACCAGACCAGUGGCAAACAGGUCGCCCCUCCACUGCCUCCGAAGCCCACCAUAUUGUUGUCAAAGAACGCCAUUAGGCCGACAUGUAAUGUGAUCAGCGCUGGCCUAACAAAUCAUAUUAAAAACGGUAUAACACUUACCAAUAAUGUGUCGACACUGUCAACGCAAAUCAGUCCCACAAGCAAUCAAAGGAAAACAGUCAUUCAAGCAUCAACUUCCGAGUUAUUGAGAUGUUUGGGUGAUUUCUUGGCCAACAAAUGUCACAAAUUGAAGAACUUUCAGUCUGGAGAUGCCGUCAUAUGGCUCAGGGCUGUUGAUAGAUCACUGCUGUUACAGGGCUGGCAGGAUAUUGCAUUCAUAAAUCCGGCAAAUGUUGUCUUUCUAUAUAUGCUUUUACGAGAACUGGUUCAGGAGGAUGUCGACAAUGAGAAAGAGCUACAAGCAGUGGUACUUACUUGUCUGUACCUGAGCUACGCCUAUAUGGGUAAUGAGAUCUCAUAUCCAUUGAAGCCGUUUCUCGUGGAAAACGAAAGUCGCGACAAGUUUUGGAACCGAUCCCUGUUUAUCAUUAAUUUGCUCAGUAGUAAAAUGUUGAAAAUCAAUAGCGAACCGGCCUUUUUCACCGAAAUAUUUACAGAACUUAAGGGAUGUCAACCAUUGGUAGCUCCAGUUUCCGGUUAAACCACAUAACUAGUCUAAUUGUUAGCUUUUCUCAAACACUCAAUGAUGAUGAAGUCCCGCAAAAAUAUAUAUAAUUCAACCGAUACUCUCAACAACAAAAAAUGCAGAAGCAAUUGAUUGAUUGAUUUAAUCAAAACAAAUACUCAAAACAAUGUAAAACAAAUUACUUAAUUUUAAAAUAACUGAUCGAAGAAAGUAAUGGUUUGUUAAAAUAUAUUUUUUAUUUUUCUGUCACUAA